AUGGCAGAUGAGGAUUCAUUCAGUGAUGACGAUGAACAACUCGACAUUCCAGAUAAUACUAAGCACAUUUUAUCAAUACAGUUAGGAGAAAUUGAUAUUGAUUGUUGGUUUCAUUCGCCAUACAUUGAUGCCGACGAAGGAUCAAACGAGAAGAACCGAAUAGUUGAUAAACUAUUCAUUUGCGAAUUUUGUUUGCGUUAUUUCUCCGACAGUCGGAAGUAUCAUCGACAUACGAAUGAAUGCAAUUGUCGUCAUCCUCCCGGUCGAAAAAUUUACGAAGAUCCGAAUGGUUUAUGUGUAUAUGAAGUUGACGGAAUAGCCUCUCAACUUUACUGCCAAUGUCUCUGUUUGUUAGCAAAAUUAUUCCUCGAACGGAAGACAAUCUAUUUCGAUGUCAGUCCAUUUCUGUUCUACGUUCUUGUUGAAACAGACAAACGAAUGAAAAAUGUCCAGCAUAUUAUUGGUUACUUUUCCAAAGAAAAAUUAAGUGAUGAGUGUUACAAUCUCGCUUGUUUAAUGAUAUUACCACAUUAUCAAAGAAAUGGCUUCGGCCGUUUUCUCAUUUCGUUGAGUUAUGAAUUAACUAAAUUGGAAAAGAAAACAGGUUCACCAGAAAAGCCACUAUCAGCUCUUGGCCAAAUGACAUACAAAAGUUACUGGCAGGCAACAAUAUUAACUAAACUCGAAGAAUAUCGCCGUUCGCAGGUCCACGCCACUGUUACUCAAUUAAGUAUCGAUACAGGAAUUUGUGCUGAUGACAUCGUUCAAACUCUUAUCGAUCUUCGCCUAGCUCAUAUAGGAAAGUCAACAGUUGAAAAUAACUACAGACAACAAGAACUGCGCGACCAACAACAUCGUCGUCGUUUUAAAUCCAACAUAGAUACAGAUCAAUGUGAUAAUAAUAAUAAUACAUUGGAUCUUACUGCAGUCUUAGCCAUUGAUGAAGAUCUUUUACAUACGAAUUUCGUUCGUUUGAACAAUAGGAAAUCGUCAGUGAAAUUGGAUGAACAUAAUUUCGAUCCGAGAUAUUUACGUUUUACUAGUCGACGUUAA